AUGCAUUCAAGAGCAAUAGCAGGUUUAACAAAUCAAUAUAUCGGAAUGCCCAAUGAAGAAGAUGAAAUAAUAGGAGUUCAGAAUGGCUUCUAUAGGAUCUGUAGAUUUCCACGAGUUGUUGGAUGCAUUGACGGGACGCACAUAAAGAUGCAAUCACCAGGAGCUCAAGAUGGAGAACUUUUUCGUAAUAGAAAGUCAUAUUUUUCUAUAAAUACUCAAAUAGUUGCUGGACCAGAUUUGAAAAUAUUUGAUGUUGUUGCUCGAUGGCCAGGAUCUACCCAUGAUUUAACUAAUUUCGAUGCAUCCCACCUAAGAACACGCAUUGAAGGGAGACAAUUUCAGAACGCGGUGCUCUUGGGAGAUAGUGGUUAUCAGCUGAAAGUCUACCUAAUGACACCUCUACAAAAUCCAGGCAAUGUUGUCGAAAAUCUUUAUAAUGAAGCUCAUGUGCAAUGUAGUAGAAACAUUAGCUGGUGUUUGGAAACGUCGGUUCCCUGUAUUAGCCUAUGGUAG